AUGGCAUUGAAUACCCGCAACAACGUCCUAGUAAUCGGCGGCAGCACAGGCAUCGGCCUCGCCACCGCCAUCCUCUCCCUCUCCCAACUCCCCGGCGCAAACGUGAUCGUCUCCUCCUCCUCCAAAGACAAGCUGGAGAAAGCCGUUGAAACUCUCAAAGCAGGGCCCACAGCCAAAGACAAACUAAUCGACUACAUAGUCGGCGACAUCAGCAACUUCGCCACGCAAAAAGACGACGUCGAAGCCAUCCUCAAAACCGCCACGGAGAAGUUCCCAGGCGGCAAAAUCGACCAUAUCGUCUGGACUGCCGCCGGUCCCUCUAGCGCCACCCUAGGCGGCAAUCCCACCAGUCAAGAUGCCCUGACCGCAUCUACAGCUCGGGUCUACGGGCCCUUGACCCUAUGUCAUCUCGCCAAGACAUAUAUGAACGACACCCGCAGAUCAAGCAUCACCAUUUCCAGCGGCGUCCUCGUCUACAAACCCCGCCCCGGCAUCGGCCAAGUCCUCGGCGCCGCCAGCAUGGACGUCGCCGCCCGCGCUCUCGCCGUCGAUCUAGCACCCAUCCGUGCUAACUCCGUUAUCCUGGGCCCCGUUCAGACGACUUUACUCGAUGGGUUGACCAAGGGAAAACAGGAAGUCGCUGAUCAUCUCGCGAACGCGACGCUGGUGAAAGCUAUUGCGGGUGCAGACGAGGCGGCCGAGGCGUAUUUGUAUAGUAUGCGGUGUGCGUUCGUGACGGGGUCGGGGAUUGGUUGUGAGGGGGGGAUGUUGAUUACUUAG